GAGACUGCUGAAGGAGGUGGCAUCAGGCUGAGAGGGGCUGCCCGGACUUCCCAGACAGAGCAGUACUUGCUCACCAUGCUGCCCCUCCUUGCCCUGUUUCUCCUGCUUGGGCCAUCAGUGUGCACUACAACAGGGGACAGAGAGGAACUGACACUCGGCACAGAAGCAGAGUCCUGGGUGACCGUGAACCUGAAGGGAAUCCCUGUUGCCAGCAUUGAACUCCAGCUUCAGGAGACAAAGAGAAGCAGAACUCGCCAGUUCUAUGGUCUGAUGGGGAAGCGGGUAGAGGGAAUACGUCCGAACCAGCCAAAGGAAAGAAUGGGUGAGUGCUGCCCUGGUCUACCCUCAGCAUGCUCCCUGGGGUGGGGCACAUUGUGCUGGCCAUUAGCCACCCUGGAAUUAGCAGUGACGCUCUGGCUGGGGGCAUGCCUGGCUGGCACUGCUGUACCAUUAAGGACUGCUGAUGUUAGAACUGCAAAUCCAGGGUAUCAGCUGGGACGAAUAAUGCAGGAACUCCUUGGUGAGAGAGGUCUGUCAAUAGAAGGAACCUGCAGACAGGAGACACACCACCAGGGUGCAAGGCCCGGAGCAGUGACCAGAGAAGACCUUCAGAGUCAAAGAGGGAGACCAGACUCUCUCAAUCACCAGCAACACAUAGCUCUUUUCCUGGGCACAGAAGAGGAUGGCCAGGGUUCUGAGUGAGCCCCAAAGGAUGCCAUGGCCAUCUUUCCCUGAGCAU